GUUAAUUUUAAUCUCCUCUCUUUAACCAUAGUCACAAGAGAGAGAUAGUCUGGGUAAUCGGCCAUUUCGGGCCGCUACGGUAAAAGUACCUGACCUAGAACGGGUGGUCCGAAAGUAAGGGGACUGAAUGUUGUAAAAUGGCUGCGGCGAAGGAAGAUUUCCUUUAUGGUGAAGACCUUAAUGCUAUAUUGGAGGCUAUAGAUGAAGACAUUUUGCUAAGUAAUUCAGAUUUUGACGUGGAACUAACCACAGUUGUUAACGACAUACCGGAGGAGGACACAAAAGUCACCUUUAGCUGUAGUUUGUGUCCUAAAGUUUGUGUUUCUAAAAGAGGAUUAACACGCCACACCAACGCGAAACAUAGUGACCACGACAAAGGUGACUCUGCAGGAUCGGGUGAGAGAGAUUUCAAGGAAGCUGAGAAGAUGUUACAUCCAUUGUAUUUUAAAAAAUAUAUGGAAGAAGCUGUUUCAAAAUUGGCUGGUGAUGAAUGUUACCCAUCAGAAAUCACCAAUGAAUUUAAAAUGUUCAAAGUUGGUGGCCUAGACAAUGUUUUACCGUCUUAUGCUCUUGUGAAAGACCUUAUAUAAUGGUUCGAUGGGGAUGCUGAAAAGUUUUAUCCAUUGUUUUAUAAGAAUAUUUUGGAUAUAGAGCAUCCCUUUGGUUCAAGCUUGAGUCGCAACUGUAGCGUACUGUUGGGAUUUGAAUUAGCAAAUCUAGUUUUGUGUCACUUGUCUGGUUCAACAUACAAAGACGAUCUUCUGCAAGUGUCAAAUAAGUCAUCAUACACCUUUUCAGAUAAAGAACUAUCUGUGAUAUCUUAUCUUGGUGGAUAUGUCUUCAGUACCAUGUAUCGUCGUAUACGCUUCUCGUCAAGAAAGACCUCACAACACAUAUACCACCAACAAUAUCUAGCUAUCCUGUUGGCAGGAAAAUCUGAGGACACACAAGAUAUACCACAAAACAAAUUAGUCAAUGCUAGGGACCGUGGUGGCUUAUGGAAGGUUAAAAAGUGGUUUUAAUAUUUACAUCUGCUGAAGAACUUUUUCGUUCAUACACCAGCAAAAGGUCAUUAAUAAAAUGGCUAUCACAUAAAAAAACAGCUAUUUUUAUAGCUACACAUUUAUAAAAAAUCAUUAUGCUGGCAUAGCUAUAGCUAGUGAGCUAGCUGUAGUUUCCGAUCUUGAAUUUCUGAUGUUUUCACAAUUUUUUUUAAAUAUAUACUAUACUUUUAAAAAAAUUGUAGCUAGUAUGAAUAUGAUCAUAACUAUGCCCAGGUCAAAUUCUGAGAGUCAUAAAGGAUCAAGCAAUACUUGCUCCUUAUUCAACUAAGUUUUUAUGGUUGAAAAAACCUUCACUGGCAUUUUGUUUAAUUAUGCUACCAGGGUUACUACUUUAUAAAAAAAAUAUCAUCCAACUGUAAUCAGGAAAAUUUAUGUUAAGUAGGAAAUAAAAUAUGAUUUAUCUUCCAAUGCUAAAACCGUAGAGAUGGUUGACAAUAUUUUUCGAAAAAAAACAUGAUAUACUUUUCAAACAAAAUAAAUGUUACACCCCGUAUCUAUUUCAACGUCUGAGGCCGUUUUUAAGUGUCUGAAAAUUCCGCUAAUCCGGGAGGCUAGUUACAAUGGAGAUAAAAAACCUACGGGGAAAUGGCUGUACUUAAAAAAACAUGGAGCUCAACAUUCUUACAGUGAUAGUUAUUAUCUCUCUAAUAAUUGGCCGAUCUGUUUCGAAAACUAAUUAAAAACAAACAUUAGCUUGUAGAUUUGCAUUUUGACAAGAAGCAAACUGCAAGUAAACCGAAUGGGGAAUUUUGUGUAAAUUCUAGCUAGCUGAAAGAUAUUUGUAAAAGAAUAAUUACCUGGUCGAUCUUCAAUGGUUUGUAGCCAAUCAUCAAAAUAUUGGAGAAAAACCUGACGUAACCACACAAAGCGAGUAUCAUUGAUAUCUGUAAAUGGAGCAAGAAAUGGUUUUCUUUUGUGCUUGUAUUCUUGUGUGUUCCUAAUGUUGAGAAUAUCAAAAAAUCCAUCCAUCAUUACACAAAAAAAUUUCAUGAAUGGAGAAACUUUUGAAGGAUCAGUAUUGGACAUGAUCGUUUUGAAAUCCGAACCAAGAUCAGAACUGACAGAGAUGGAUGAUGCAGAUAUUUCUUCUUGUAGUAACUUUAUCUCAUGUUUUAGUGAUAUGUUUUCUAUUUGCAAUGCUUUUUUCUCACUACGUUCUUCGAAGUCUCAAUAACACACGCUCUGGUGAUGUGAAUGCAAUUGGUGCAUUUAACUUAGCAGGAAUAUUUAGAUUUGAGGAUGUGCGUUUCACUGAAAUAUGUGCUUUUUUUACGAAACUAGUACAUUGUAUGCAUAUAUCACCGUCCAAAUUCAAUAACAUGCAAUCCAGAGAACGAAUGAAUACGGUUUGUUGUAAUGGACUUUCAUCUGAAUGUAUUGUGAAUUUUUUGGAGAUGGUGUGUUUGAUGAAGUACAAUGUUUGUGAAAUGGAUGAAUCGGUAACCCCAGGACAAUUUUGAUAUUUCGAAAUCUCUCUGAUCAAGUUUGAUAAAGUGAUAUUUCGGACUGAUCGUUUAUAAAGUUUAUAAAUAUUGUGAUGGUCAGGAAGACUCCAAGUGUAUCCACGGAUAGUGAAUGAUAAUGAGUCAUCAACAUAUAUUUCCAACUUAGGAUUGACAUGAAUAUUGUCACAUGCCCAAACUUUUACUGCAUCAGCAGCAGAUAUAUCCAAAUUCCAACCACAAGGAAGCUUAAGCAUUUUGGCUCGAUUUACAAAAUUCUCGAACGAUUGAUAGCAUAUAUGGGUGGUCGGUUCCACUGUUGUAUUUAACUUUUUCUCUGCAAUAUUUUUUGCUGAAGGUCUUGGUUUGACUGAUGUGCUGUAAAAGAGUAAACACAAACAUUAUAUACUUGACUGAUGUGACAUGUUUUGUAAAUGUAAAUAUAGCUAUAGUUAUAUAUAUAUAUAUAUAUAUAUACCUUGAAGCAGGAAUACUUUUCUCUGGAAAAUUCAAUGUUGGUAUGGAACCAGGAAUGAGUGUUUUUCUUUUAUCAUCUAGAAGAAAGUAUUAUAUAUGCAUUAUUAUCACAGUCGUGAUUAUUAUAUGUGAAAUAUCCUUUUUCUGUAGUUGAAAUAUCUGAAAGUGUAUUGAAUCACA